GAAGUGCCUGUCUUCGGCUGACAGCUGCUGGCACGGCGGCGGCCCGAGCAAGAUGGCGCUGCGGCCGGGAGCCGGAGCCAGCGGCGCGGCGGGGGCGGGCGCGGGGCCCGGCGGGGCAGGCAGCUUCAUGUUUCCUGUUGCAGGUGGAAUGAGACCUCCUCAAGCAGGCCUGAUGCCAAUGCAGCAGCAAGGAUUUCCUAUGGUCUCUGUCAUGCAGCCCAAUAUGCAAGGCAUGAUGGGAAUGAAUUACAGCUCUCAAAUGUCCCAAGGACCCAUUGCAAUGCAGGCAGGAAUACCAAUGGGACCAAUGCCAGCAGCAGGCAUGCCAUUCCUGGGGCAGCCACCAUUCCUGGGCAUGCGUCCUCCAGGCCCACAGUACACUCCAGACAUGCAGAAGCAGUUUGCUGAAGAGCAACAAAAACGAUUUGAACAGCAACAAAAACUCUUAGAGGAAGAAAGGAAAAGACGUCAGUUUGAAGAGCAAAAACAGAAACUCAGACUUUUGAGUAGCGUGAAACCCAAGACCGGGGAGAAGAACAGAGACCACGCUUUGGAAGCCAUAAAAGGGAACUUAGAUGGAUUUUCCAGAGAUGCUAAGAUGCACCCUACUCCAGUAUCACACCCCAAGAAACCAGGUAGUUUUCAUUAUUGUCCCACAUCAUCUCAUUCUACCAAAACUGUCUCCCCAUCACCUGCCUUUCUUGACGAAGACGAAUUCAGUGACUUUAUGCAGGGGCCUGUUGAGGUGUCCGCUUGUAGGUCCUCUCCCAUGGCCCGGCCCUUUCAGUCUUUCCUUCCCACCACCCCACUCGGCCAGGUGCACACACAGAAGGCUGGAGCACAGCCUCUCCCUCCAGGUCAGGUUCCAGUGUCUUUUGCCUUACAUGGUGGCCCUGGACAAAUCCCUUGUUUCUCUACUGCUUCAGCUUCACCCAGUGUGCAGAAAGCAGGCCCUUCCUUGGAAGAGAAGCUCCUAGUAUCUUGUGAUAUAAGUACAUCUGGGCAGGAACAAAUUAAAUUAAACACUCCUGAAGUUGGGCACAAAGCCGUAGUCCCAGGUUCCAGUAAGAGCGGUCCCGGUUUAAUGACCCGUAAUGGGGGUGCUGUAGAUGGAUGUGUAAGUGGUCCCACCACUGCAGAGGCAGAAAAGACUUCAGACCAAAACCUGUCCAGUGGAGAGAGUGGUGUGGGUGUGUUUCCCUCUCAGGAUCCUGCCCAGCCCAGGAUGCCUCCUUGGAUUUACAAUGAGAGUCUGGUUCCAGAUGCUUAUAAGAAAAUUUUAGAGACGACAAUGACUCCAACUGGAAUAGAUACUGCUAAACUUUAUCCCAUUCUGAUGUCAUCUGGACUUCCCAGGGAAACACUCGGGCAGAUAUGGGCCUUAGCCAAUCGGACUACACCCGGCAAACUUACUAAGGAAGAGCUUUAUACUGUUCUCGCCAUGGUAGCAGUAACACAGAGGGGUGUUCCUGCCAUGAGCCCUGAUGCUUUGAACCAGUUCCCAGCAGCUCCCAUUCCUACCUUAAGCGGCUUUCCUAUGGCUCUGCCUACCCCAGUGAGCCAGCCGACUGCGAUGCCCUCUGUCCCUGCAGGCUCCAUGCCCCUCAGCCUUGGACAGCCCAUCAUGGGCAUUAACCUUGUUGGACCAGUGGGUGGAGCUGCAGCACCAGCUUCCAGUGGCUUCAUGCCAGCCUACCCCUCAAACCAGGUGGGAAAGACAGAAGAAGAUGACUUCCAAGAUUUUCAAGACGCUUCCAAAUCAGGAUCCCUUGAGGAUUCUUUCCCUGACUUCCAAGAGGUGCCUGCUUCCUCAAAAACAAGUAACUCCCAGCUCGGAAACAGUGCUCCUUCUCUGCUGAUACCACUUCCUGGAACUAAAGCCUCCACAGAUAAAUACUCGGUGUUUAAAGGAAUUUCUGCUGACAAGCCCUCUGAAAGCCCGGCUUCAUUUGGAGAGUCUGGUGACAAAUACAGUGCGUUCAGGGAACUUGAACAAACGGCAGAGAGCAAGCCUCUAGGAGAGAACUUUGCCGAGUUCAGAUCCACAGGAACCGAUGACGGCUUCACCGACUUCAAGACCGCCGAUAGUGUGUCACCCCUAGAGCCACCGACAAAGGACACUUUUCCAGCAGCCUUUCCCUCUGGAGCUGCACAACAGAAACAGACACCGGCGAAAACCCCUCUGAACUUAGCAGACCUAGAUAUGUUCUCCUCAGUCAAUUGCAGUGGUGAGAAACUGGUGCCCUUUUCAGCUGCGUUUAGCACGUCAAAGUCAGUUUCUACCAGACCUCCGCCGGCCGGCUCUGUGGCAGCCCCAGCAGCACUGGCAUCCACUAAAACUUCUAGUUUGGUAGAUGAUUUUGGAGAGUUCAACCUCUUCGGGGAAUACUCGAAUCCUGCAUCUGUUGGGGAGCAGGAUGACUUUGCAGAUUUCAUGGCUUUCGGUAACAGCUCUAUUUCAUCCGAGGCAAAAGCAGACGACAAAUACGACGUCCUCAGAGAGGAAGUGAGUCCCAGCCCCUUGGCCAGCAGCACAGGGGAGAGUGCACAGAAUCCACCUGCUGCAUCUUCCAAGUAUGAUGUCUUCAAACAGCUUUCCCUAGAGGGAGCUGGACUGGCCAUCGAGGAGUUCAAAGAGAACACUCCUUCUGCCAAGAGCGACGAUGACUUUGCUGACUUCCAUUCCAGUAAGUUUUCAUCCACAAGCUCAGACAAAUCCCUGGGAGAGAAAGCGGUGGCUUUCAGACACGCCAAGGAAGACUCUGCUUCGGUGAAAUCGUUAGAUCUCCCCUCCAUCGGUGGCAGCAGCGUUGGCAAGGAGGACUCAGAAGAUGCGCUUUCUGUUCAGUUUGACAUGAAACUGGCCGAUGUGGGAGGAGAUCUUAAGCAUGUCAUGUCUGAUAGCUCUUUGGAUUUACCAACAGUUAGUGGCCAACAUCCUCCUGCCGCAGCAGGAAAUGGGUCCUUCUCAGCCACCUCAGAUCUUCAAAAGAAAGAGACCUCAUUUGGCAUUUCUGAAAACAUCACCAUGUCAUCUCUCUCCAAAGGAACAGCCUUGGCGAGCGAGGAUGCUCUCCCAGAGACUCCCUUCGCAGCCUUCGCCAGCUUUAAAGACAUGAUGCCCCAGAGCGUGGAGCAGAAAGAGUGUGAAAGUGAGGACUACCAGGACUUCACAAGGCAGGACCUGCCCACAGCGGCACAGAGCCACGAGAUGGCAUGUCCAAGCCCGGCUUCCAGUAUCGCCUCUCACGAAACCCCCAGGGAGUGUGCAGACGACUUUGGAGAAUUUCAAAGCGAAAAGCCCAAAAUCAGCAAAUUUGACUUUUUAGUAGCCAAUUCACAAAGCAAAAUGAAGUCCAGUGAAGAAAUGAUCAAAAGUGAGCUGGCAACCUUUGACCUUUCUGUUCAAGGAUCACACAAGAGGAGCUUAAGCCUCGGAGAUAAAGAAAUAAGCCGGUCCUCUCCUUCCCCGGCCCUGGAGCAGCCUUUCAGAGACCGGUCCAACACUCUGAGUGAGAAGACGGCGCUGCCCGUCAUCCGAGACAAGUACAAAGACCUGACUGGCGAGGUGGAGGAAAAUGAGAGAUACGCGUAUGAGUGGCAGAGAUGCCUGGGGAGCGCCCUGGAUGUCAUUAAGAAAGCAAAUGACACCUUAAAUGGCAUUAGCAGCAGUGCUGUUUGCACAGAAGUCAUCCAGUCAGCCCAAGGCAUGGAAUAUCUUCUAGGUGUCGUGGAAGUGUACCGAGUAACCAGACGUGUGGAGCUGGGGAUAAAAGCCACUGCUGUGUGCAGUGAGAAACUCCAGCAAUUGCUAAAGGACAUCGAUAAAGUAUGGAACAACCUGAUCGGCUUCAUGUCACUCGCCACACUCACGCCGGAUGAAAAUUCACUGGAUUUUUCCUCCUGUAUGUUACGGCCUGGGAUUAAAAACGCUCAGGAGCUGGCCUGUGGGGUGUGUCUCUUAAAUGUGGACUCCAGGAGCCGGAGAGAAGAGAAGCCUGCAGAAGAACAGCCUAAAAAAGCAUUCAACUCGGAAACAGACAGUUUCAAGCUGGCCUAUGGAGGACACCAGUACCACGCCAGCUGUGCCAACUUCUGGAUCAACUGUGUUGAACCCAAGCCUCCUGGCCUCCUCCUGCCAGACCUUCUCUGAAAAGCUGCUCAGUGAAGCUCCAGCUGAUUUUUGGUUGUUUCUGUCGCAUGACUUGGGGUGACAAGGAUCAGUAAACAGGAUGCAAGUGCUGCACAGUUCCUUCCCAUCCGUGUCUUUAAAGCAUUCCCCAAGAGGUGGGGUGGAGAGACUGCAAUGGAGAGGCAGCCUCUGACCAGCACGUCCCCCUGCUCCCUUUGAGACUUGAGGUGAAGUGCUAGACCUAAACCACAUGUGGCACUGGAUGCUUGUUUACUUUCUCCUCUGAUUUUCCGAUUUUUGUUGACGUUAAUGUUGGUCUGAUUUUUUUUAGGAUAGGAUUUUGAAGCAUGCCCCUGGCUGACUUUGAAUUUGUAGAAAUCCUGUCUCUGCCUCCCAAGUGCCGGGUCAUAGAUUUGUGCCCCCUACUCUGUUUCUCUUAUUCCCGUAAGAUAUUUUACAGUGUGGAUCACAGUUUCUGUGAGGACUAAUCUGCUGCUGAAGUGUUUAAAAUGUGAAAAAUUAACAAAAGAAAAAAUAAAUUAUCCUAGGCCUGGAAUCCACAGUUUGUCUCCAGGUCCCAUGAAGCAGGACACAUUUCUCUGCAUUUAGCUUGUAGAUGCUUGAAAUGAAUAAAGGGGAUUGUGAUUAACCUGACGCUCUGUACCUGUCUCCACCUCCUGUCAACCCUCACCCUCUUCUCCUUCCCUGAAAGGCAACUCUCAAGGAGACCCUCCUGCUUUGACAGAGCCCAGGGCCUGUGUCUGGCUGCACAACCCUUUACUGAGAUCCCGCUGUUUUAUCUCAGCGUCAGGACUAACACAAAGCAUGGUAUUUUUCCUCCAAACAAAAUCUGUAAGAGCCAUGAAAUGAAAUCUCUUCAUAUUGACCUCUCUCCACAUUCCCAAAGAUGACUGCAUAGGUCAUCUGGACUUUGCAGUAUUUCAGGAGAGACCCGAGAAUGAACCCACUGUGAGAGUGGAAUUCUGGGCCUAGUGGGUGGUUCUCAACCUUCCUACCGCUGUGACCUUUAAUACAGUUCCUCAUGGUGUGGUGACCUCCAAUCAAAAUUAUUUUUAUCGCUACUUCAGAAGUGUAAUUUUGCUGUUAUGAAUCGUAAUGUGAAUAUCUGAUGUGCAGGAUCCUGACAUGUGACCCUGUGAGCCCCUCCAUCAUGACCCUCAAGUUGGGAACCACUGGCCUAGUGAAAGGAGCCGUAAGGUGUGUGUAUGUGUGCGCAUGUGUGUACGUGUGUUGGAGAAACACAUGCAUGUAGCAGAGAAAAGCAGUUAGCAACAGCACUGAAUUUUCAAAUGAAAAGGCUGGUGUAGGAAUUUGUCAUGUAAACAAAAUGCAUAAAUCUAAGAGACCUGAAGCUUCAGUGGUUAAACGGUGUGUAACUUCCAGGAGAAGCUGAGCAGUCUGGGUCAGCGUCUCUCCGUCUCUCUGGCUGUUGGUUUUAUGUGUUGGGAAGGACUUCGGGGCGUACAUGCUUCACUGACUUGAUUUAGUCUUUAUUUAGAAAUCUAAAACACUGGCUUUAGUCUAUCUCUCUGCUGCUUCUACAUAAUUCACCAUUUCCCCUUCCAGGACAAAACUUGAGGAGAUUCUGUGGUGGUCCAUCUUGGUACCUUGUGUCUUUUCUCCAAGAUGCAGGUCAUUUCCAACACUUGGCACAGCUUCUCCUUGGCCAUGCUGUAGAUCAGGGUGCAGGGAGAAGAGCGUCCGGAUGAGUCCAAGCCGUUUACUCAUCUGUUCCAGAUGACGUCAUCCGAGCUACUAACAUUCAGACUGCUGUCUGCAUUGUGACCACAAGGCCGUUCCCUCCCUGGGGCUGGUGGAGUGUGAAGGUGUGAAGAUGGCACACACAGGUGGGUUGGUUUUCAGCCGGCUCUCAGACAGCCCCAUUACUGUCCUGCCAUAGCCGAGGGUAGCAGUCAGACCCUCCAGUCUGUAUUCUAGAUUAUUCCCUCAUAAAAACCAGUAAUAGGACUGACCUUAGCCUAAGAAUGCUCCCGGUGAAGUAUUGUCUGCACAGUGGCCUGUAUGCAUGGCAUCUUAAGUACCUGUUAGCUAGGUUGUCUCCACUUGUAGAUUCAUUCCAGAAUGCCUCGGUUAAAACUCCUUACCAUAGGGUAAGGAGGUGCAGAGGAAAAUGCAGUGAACAUAGACAGAAGUACUGUCUGUGUAGUGCUUCAGAUGUUCAGCUAGAUCCCCACACCGGGACUUGGGGGCGUGGAGAACAUUAGUCGACUGAUUUUCUUUGUGUGCAUGGAUUAAAAUGACUCACGUUGCAUUCAGGUUCACCUCAGCUCUCUUGUUAGCCACGAGCCCAGUGUCCUUGGAAACAGUAACCAAGGUUACUUAUCUCCAAGCUGUGCAUUGUGUCAGGCAGCUUCACCCGCCUCUUGAAUGGGAUUAAUAAGCACUGCUGGGUUUGGGAGCCAUGCCUUGCCUUUCUGUUCCUGGGGUUGGCGUGUGACCUGUGUCUGGACAUGUUCGAGACAGCAGAGGCUCAAGGCGUGCUCAGAUAUUAUCUCUGCUUUCCUUUGCUGUGUCUGCUAGUCAGCAUUUCAUCUGGGAGACACAUUGUUAAAUUCAUGUUUUGUGUUGCUAUACAUAUUUUGGGUGUUUGGGUUUUUCUUUGUUUUUAUUUUUGGUCUUAUUUCCUGUUUUUCUAUCUAUGUAUCAUCUAAAAGAUUUCUUAAAAACAGAAAUUGGAAAUGCUUGCUUUGUACCAGGGGCUGCUCUGAGAAUUCUCCUAAGUACCUUCGAGGUCAGAUACCUUUUGUUAAUGGAUGAACUGUGAUGUUUUCAGUCAUUUGUCACAAAGAAGGGGUCCUUGAAGCCUGCUGUAGACAUCCCAGCAGAUGUCACAAUUCAGGUCAAGAUGUGUGUAGCCUGGUUUUAUGUCUAGGUUGGGUACCAUUUCUCUGGAAAAGGGUUCACCAAAUAAUAUUGCAAAGCCCCCUCCUUCCUAAGUCCAGCCAAGGAAAUAGGGCU